AUGGUCAAAUUGAACUGGACUGUAGGCCUUUUGGUCCUCAUUUCGCUUUCUCAAGAUGCCAUUGCACAGUCGAUCCCUGCCCUUCAGAAGCAGUCAACCCAGCUGAUGGGUCUAUCACCCAAAUUUCCAGUUCACAAAGACAUUUCCAAGUACUGCAGUUACUGGUACGACAAUGAUGGCUCAAUCUCUUGUAAAGACAUUUUGGAACCUUACAUGAUUACCAUGGACCAACUAAUUCGCUGGAACCCUGGGCUGGGGCCUGGCUGUAGCAACUUCCUCCCUGGCUGGUCUUAUUGUGUGGAGGCUAUGGACGAGCCGGUGGUCACAUGUGCCUCUUCCAAGACAACCCCAAGUGAAAGCAGCCCAACCAAGGGAAUACAAACUCCCACUCCCACGCAGCCAGACAUGGCGAAUAACUGUGGCGCCUUUGACUUUGUUAAGAAGGGUAUGACGUGCGCUGGCCUUCUUUCCAAACACGGCAUCACACUGGAGCAACUCGUUACUUGGAACCCAUCCAUCAAGGCGGACUGUACAGGUCUCUGGUCUAAUAUCUGGGUUUGUGUGUCUGUCAUUGGCCAUACGCCAUCACCACCGACCAAGCCUACGUCUACAAACGGAAUCGAGACUCCUUCCCCGAUUCAAGGAGGUAUGGUUACAAACUGCAACAAGUUCCAUCUUGUACAAACUGCAACAACUUGCAUUUCGAUUGAGAGUUACUACAAACUGCCUCUGAAAGACUUCUACGCUUGGAACCCCAGCGUAGGGACCCAUUGCCUAUCCCUAGUCGUUGGUUAUUGGGUCUGCGUUUCCAUUGUUGGCUGGACCCCUCCCCAGCCGUCCCCCACGGCUCCAGGUAACGGUAUCAAAACACCAUUACCGAUCCGAGCAGGAAUGGUGAUCAACUGCAACAGAUUUCACGAGGUUCAGGAAACAACCACCUGCGCAUCAAUCCAAAAUUACUACAAUAUCAGUAUGGAACAGCUGGCGGAAUGGAACCCUGGAGUGGGCUCUCAUUGCAAUGCUUUGGUCGUGGGUUACUAUGUCUGUGUGGGGGUUAUCAGAACGACGCCAACGCCGCCAGCCCCUACGCCUUUCCUACCGGCUAUGAUGAUGAAAUGUAAGGGGCUCCAUCUUCUGAAUGCCACUACGUCUUGUGAUUCUAUUCCGAAUUACUACACAAUCAGUAUGGCGCAAACUGCAUAG